CUCUCAGUUCAUGUAGACCUACCGACAUGAGCUUUGAACUUUUCUGGAACCUGAACCUUACCUUGACACUGCCCCUUUACCUGGACCUGGACCUGGACCCACCUGCUUACCUGUAUCUGAAGAAUCAGAAUCACAAAUACUUUAUUGAUCCCCGGGGGAAAAGCUGCCAGCAUGUAAGCCUUUAUACAACUCCACAUUUGCAGGCUCCAAUGAGAGGCUCUCCAUGAUGAGGAGCUAACACUGUCGGCCGCACAACCGCAGGAAGAGACGUGGCUGCUGCACCAUCCACAGUCGACGCAUGGCGGUAUUAGGGAACCCCGACAUGCUGACGAGGAAGAUAAAGCUGUGUCACAUCAACGCCCACAUCACAUGUCGUCUGUGUGAUGGCUACCUGAUCGACGCCACCACCGUCACCGAGUGCUUACACACCUUCUGUAGAAGCUGCCUAGUGAAGUAUCUGGAGGAAAACAACACGUGCCCCACGUGUAGGAUUGUUAUUCAUCAGAGCCAUCCACUGCAGUACAUCGGCCAUGACAGAACAAUGCAAGACAUUGUCUACAAGUUGGUACCGGGACUUCAAGAGGCGGAGAUAAAAAAGCAGCGGGAGUUCUAUCAGAAGUUGGGGAUGGAGGUUCCUGGAGACAUUAAAGGAGAGCUCUGCAACAUGAAGACUCAUCUAGAUCAACGUAAUGGUGACGCAAAAUCAGAGGAGACGGCCAAUAAGGAGGCAGGAGAGGAGAAACCAGAAGAGGACAACGACUAUCACCGUAGCGACGAGCAGGUCAGCAUCUGCUUGGAGUGCAACAGCAGCAAGCUACGAGGUCUGAAGCGCAAGUGGAUCCGCUGUUCAGCACAAGCCACAGUCCUCCACCUCAAGAAGUUCAUCGCCAAAAAGCUUAACCUGACAUCAUUUAAUGAGCUGGACAUUUUAUGCAACGAGGAAAUCUUGGGAAAGGACCACACUUUGAAAUUUGUUGUUGUGACAAGAUGGAGAUUUAAGAAAUCCCCCCUCCUGCUCCAUUACAGACCCAAGAUGGAUCUGCUGUAGCUAAAACGGACACAACGGUUGUUUUUUUUGUUUUUUGUUUUGGCCCAGUGGCCGCAGACUGUGCCGAAACCUUUUUUAUUUAUGCAAAGACGAUCAACCAACACCAAGCAAACACCCGACGACGGUAAAAGUCAACACAAGCCAGCAAAUCGGGAUCUAAAGAGGGGGAGGGCGGGGACGACUACAAGAAAAACUGGCAACCUCCAGCACAGAUACGGCAACACUGGCGUGUUUUUAGGAACUAAAACAACCUUUUUUUUGUCCGCUACAUCCUAGAUAUGUGAACAAAACAAAAAAGAAAAAAAAAACUAAUGGA